AUGCUCGAUGUGUUAAUAAUAGGGGGCGGCCCACAUGCCCUGACCCUGGCUAGCUUGCUAUCGAACCCUGACCCUGAUCCAAACUCAGACCCUGGAUGUGACUUACCCCCCUCCCCCGCCUGCCCGGACCCUCCGAGGCCGCAGCCAGACCCGGAAACAUCGGACAACAAACGCUGCAGCGGCAAGAAGAGGAGGAGGACGACAGCUGUCGCUGCAGGCGUGAUGCUGGAGGAGCAACUAGCAAAGUCAACCAUAUCAGAGAGGGUCGUUUGCCCCCCGCUGAGUCUCCGAGUGGUAGAUUCCUACGGAGAGUGGACCUCGCUGUGGGAGAGCCAGUUCACAGCUCUCAACAUCCCUCAUCUGCGCUCACACACACUGGUGCACACGGAUCCCCUCAACAAGAAAGCACUGCAGGAGUUUGUUUUAGCAUAUAACCGUUCGGCGGAGCUUCACAGUCUUCCAGACCAGGUUUACAUUCUGGAUGAAAAUGCGUUUUUCAAUGACAUGAGGCUCGGCAAGAAGGAGAGGAAACGUCUAAACAUCACGGCAACACUGAAGAAGAGUUUAUCCUUCAGUCUGCCGGGAACCAAACUGAGUGUGGAUUUCUUUAAAGAUCAGGUGAAGAGAUACAACUUGGACAAAGUGCUGGUAAAGGGAACAGUGGAGCACAUCAGCCCCGUGAUUGAACACACUGGAGAGAUGGAAGAAGAGAAGGACCGGACAAACGACAGAGACGGUGAAGCCACGAGAGCGACUGAAAGGAAGCGAGAUGGAUCGAGGAAGAGAGUGAAAUAUUUUCAAGUCCAACUUCAAGAAGGCGUCGUCCUAAAAGCCCGCCUGGUCGUGAUGGCAACAGGUCCAACCCGUGCCCAGAUGGCAAACAUCCCUUCAUGGGUGAAGAGCAUUGGAGAGAGCUACCCGGAGGAGCGUUUGCAACACACAGUGCACCUCAUGCACCACCUGCCGACUGCUCGGCAAAAGCUUCAAGACGCAGAUUAUCCGAGACAGAAAGAGACUUUCCCCAAACAAGUGUGUGAGGCAGGGCAGAGGGUAAUGGUAGUUGGUGGAGGUCUGACCAGCGCUCAUGUCGUCUCAAUUGCCCUGCAGCAGGGCGCCGGCCAUGUGACAUGGGUGAUGAGGAAGCACCUGCAGUUAAAACAGUUUGACGUGGGCGACGUGGAGAGCCUGGUGGGUCGUUACUCCCACGUGGAGCACGGCAUCAAGAUGGACGGCCAAGCCUACCUGCGACAGUUCUAUAAUGAACGGAGCCUCCACAAACGGCUGGCUAUGAUUCGCCAGGCGAGGAAAGGAGGGGCCGUCACCCCCGAGGCCUACAUCCACCUGCAGCCAUUCAUCCUGAGUGGACGGGUGGAUGUGAAGACAUACUGUCAGGUGAGUGAAGCCCGCUGGUGCUACAGGAGCCAGGCCUGGAGUCUUUCCCUCAGCACUGGGGACCACUGGACUGGAGAUAUGAUCUGGCUCGCCACUGGCUGCAAACUCGAUGCCAAACAAGACCCGUUACUUUCAGAGGUGAUGAAGGAAUUCCCUGUUCAGGUGAUAGAUGGUUGGCCAUGCAUAUCAGAAAGCUUACAGUGGGCAGAAGGGUGCCCGCUCUACCUGAUGGGACAGUACACCGCUCUUCAGGUUGGACCUCAUGCUGUAAACCUGGCUGGCGGACAGGCUGCCAGCAUGCGAAUCGCCAAGGACAUCAUGCGCCGUCGGCAGCAGGACGAUGCAGAGGACUCCCAGCUGAGUGGGGAGAAAUCAAAACCUGAAGAGUAUAUUCAACAGAUGCAAGGCUUAUUAUGGCUAUGACGUUAGCAUUUAGCCUGA